AUGACCUCCACCACGCCCCCAGAAGUCGCUGCAAAAGUAGAAUCCCUCAUCCCCAAAUUCAAACUCAUCCGCCUCCUCAACUCCGACCAAGCCGGCCGCCGCAUCUCCCUCUACGGCACCAUUGACUCGCAGCCCGCCCUCUUCAUCGCCGAGCGCGCCGCCUUUGACACCUCCGAGCAAAAUCUAAUCUCCUUCUCCACAUCCCUGCGCAACAUCAAGAAUCUCGGCGCGAACGACAUUUACUCCUGGUUUCUGGCCAACAGCAACCCCUCAGACAACCAGCCACCACCGGACUUCAAGUUGAACCUGAUUUACCCUUGCACGGAGAAACAUGUCAAGAAAUACGAAGCACAGGGACUGAGAGUGGUUACGGAAACGCCGGAUAUAUACAAGGAUUAUGUUCGGCCGUAUAUGGCUGCUCAGCGUGAGAAAGGGGCGCUGAACUGGGUGUUCAACAUCAUCGAGGGCCGGACUGAGCAAGAGGAUGUCAUGUACCGCGAAUCCGACCCCAGCAAAGGAUUCCUCCUACUUCCAGAUCUGAACUGGGAUCGCAAGACGAUUGGGGCGCUGCAUUUGUUGGGUUUGGUGGAGCGACGGGAUAUCUGGAGUGUGCGGGACCUCAAGAAGGGGAAUGUGGAGUGGUUGAAGCACAUGAAGAUCAAGAUGGUGGAGGCGACGUGUGGGCUGUACGAAGGGGUGGAGAGGGAUCAGCUAAAGUUGUAUGUCCACUACCAACCCACAUACUACCAUUUCCACAUUCACAUUGUGCACGUUGCGCUCGAGGCUGGAAACACACAGGCCACAGGAAAAGCAUUGGGACUGGAGAACAUCAUCUCCCAACUCGAGACGAUGGCUGGCGGAGAAGAUGCAGGCAUGCAUGAUUCAAGCUUGACAUAUCACCUAGGCGAGCGAAGCGACCUCUGGGAGAAAGUGUAUCUACCACUGAAAGAAGGAAAGGAAGUCAAAAUCGACGAGGUCUGA